CAACCCGGCCGCAUUUUACUUAUGCACGUCGUAUAGUCGAGUUUGUGCAUGAACGUGCAGAGCGAUCAUAACUAAUAAACAAAAGGUUUAAUCAGUCACAACAGCCGACCUGCGCCGCUGUACAGAUUUCUGACCUGACAUGUCUCAGGACAGUCAGCAUGGCAAGUGGAGCAUCUCCAGCAGUGAUGAUGAUGACGAAGAUCCUCUCCCUUCCAGCGGCUCUUCGUCUAAACCCGGUCAAGCGGCUGAUUCCAACCACAGCUCCAAACGGGAACCUGUAGCAGCUGCCGCUGUGGUGAAGUCAGAACCAAAUAAUGGCGCUGCAUCCUUGCUUGCCAUUGGCUCUGAGGCUAGACAGGCGGCCCAUGCCAGCCAGUUAAAUCCUGUGAAAUACGAAUCCAGUCCGUCAAUGGCUGGGAAGCGUAAGAAGGAGGCGCUGGAGGACUUGGGCUGGGCUCUCUCCGACAGCGAUGAUGAUGGUGCUGGAGGUGAGAAGGGGAAGAGUCUUAGAGAUUUACCCAAGAGGUCACCACCCAGCCCCAAAGCCAAGAAGGUGAAGGAGGAACGCCCUCCCAGCCCGCAUGGCCGGGUGUACUACAUCGACGAGCCACAGGAUUUCUUCGAGGCCAGUGUUCCUCAUCUGAACGACACCUACAGGUUUUACCUCAACAAAGUCACAGGGCUGGACAAGAAGUUCAACACUGGAGCUCUGCACAUCAGAGACAUCCUCUCGCCAUUAUUUGGGACGUUGAAGGAAUCUGUUCAGUUUAACUACUGCUUCGAUAUUGCCUGGAUGGUUCAGCAGUACCCACCAGAGUUUAGGGAUCGUCCAGUUCUGAUAGUGCAUGGUGAUAAGAGGGAAGCCAAGGCCCGGCUGGUCCAGCAGGCUCAGCCCUUCCCUCAUGUUCAGCUGUGCCAGGCCAAACUGGAUAUUGCAUUUGGGACUCACCACACUAAGAUGAUGUUGUUGUGGUACGAGGAAGGCUUCAGAGUCAUCAUUAACACCUCCAACCUCAUCAGAGCCGACUGGUACCAGAAAACACAAGGGAUGUGGAUGAGCCCGCUGUUUCCACGGUUACCAAAGGGCAGCCCUGCAAGCAGUGGCGAGUCACCCACCUUCUUUAAGAAAGACCUGCUGGAAUACCUGGCGUCAUACCGCGCACCAGAACUCACCGACUGGAUCCAGCGAAUCAGAGAGCACGACCUGUCCGAGACCAGGGUAUAUCUGAUUGGCUCAACCCCAGGGAGGUACGUCGGUUCAGACAUGGAGCGCUGGGGCCACCUGAGACUGAGGAAGUUGUUGUACGAGCACACACAACCUUUUCCUGAUGAAGAAAGCUGGCCUGUGAUUGGCCAGUUCUCCAGUAUCGGCUCUAUGGGGCUGGAUAAGACCAAAUGGUUGGCGGGGGAGUUCCAGCGCACCCUGACCACGCUGGGGAAGUCCUCUCUCCGCUCGGACCCCACCAUUCAUUUGGUGUAUCCAUCAGUGGAGGACGUGAGAACAAGUUUGGAAGGCUACCCAGCGGGAGGCUCCCUUCCCUACAGCAUCCAGACAGCUCAGAAGCAGCUCUGGCUCCACUCCUACUUUCACCGGUGGAAAGCAGAUACAACAGGGAGGAGUCAUGCCAUGCCACACAUUAAGACUUACAUGAGGACAUCACCAGAUUUCACCCAAUUGGCCUGGUUCCUUAUCACAAGUGCCAACCUAUCAAAGGCGGCAUGGGGUGCGUUGGAGAAGAACAACACACAGGUGAUGGUUCGCUCAUAUGAGCUGGGAGUCCUCUACCUGCCCUCUGCCUUUAACAUGAAGACCUUCCCCGUUCAGAGAAAUCCAUUUCCUGUCUCCUCAUCCUCCUCUGGUUUCCCCGUGCCCUUUGACCUCCCUCCUACACACUACUCCACUAAAGAUCAGCCAUGGAUCUGGAACAUUCCUUACAGCCAGGCUCCCGACACACACGGCAACAUCUGGGUUCCCUCCUGAACACAUGCAGACACGCACACACACACACACACACACACACACACACAUAAAUCUCUCUCUCCCUCUCUCUCAUUCUCUCUCUAUCUUUAUUCUUGCCUUAUUGUGUUGCGUCCAUACUUAAAUCUUCUUUGGUAACUGUCAACACUGGCUGUAGUUAAUCAGUAGGAUUGUUAACAUGUUUUAUAUAUUAUAAUACUGUAGACUCACAAGUUUUCUACCAAUAAAUGCAAUAAUUUUGUAGUAUAUUGCAGUGUCGUCUCAUCUCAUUUUCUUGUUUUCUUGCCUCAGUCUUUUUAUGGUUACUUUUGUAUGUAUGAUAUCAAUAACUGAAAUGUUUACACGGCAAAAGCG